AUGGGAAUCAAACCUGUGACCACCACCAUCGGACCUCAAUACGUGGGUUGUGCUAUGCCCCUGCGCCACCACAACUCCCCUAGUUCCUGGUAUCCUAAUGCUGACAGGGAAGUUCUUCUGAAGCUGGGGAGGCUGGCGUUUGAACAUCUGGAGAAAGGAAACAUCAUGUUCUACCAAGAAGACCUGGAGCAGUGUGGUCUGGAUGUCACAGAGGCCUCGGUGUACUCAGGAGUUUGUACAGAGAUCUUCAAAAGAGAGAGUGUGAUCUUCCACAGACCAGUUUACUGCUUUGUUCACCUGAGCAUCCAGGAGUUUCUGGCUGCAGUUUACAUGUUCCACUGUUUCACCAAGAAGAACAUGGGAGUGUUGAAGAAAUUUCUGGGUAAAAAGUACAGUUACUCAUCUGUGGAUGACUCUGCUGAUAAAUGUGUGUUCAAAUCUCUAAGGCAUAAAAUUAUACCCUUAAAUAAAGUUGAAAGCCACUCAUCUUUGCAUUACUUUCUGAAACGAGUCAUGGAGAAAUCUCUGAAAAGUAAAAAUGGCCACCUGGAUAUGAUGGUUCGCUUCCUUCAUGGUCUAUCCAUAGAGUCCAACCAGAGACUUCUAGAAGGUUUGCUUGGACAGACAGAGUACAGCACUGAAACUAUGCAGAAAGUAAUCAACAAUCUGAAGGAGAUCAGUGUGUACCUGCGUGAGACCAACACUUCUGGCAUUCAACAGAAGAUGAAGAGAUCUAAUCUCUCUCCAGACAGAAACAUUAACAUUUUUCAUUGUCUGACAGAGAUGAAGGACAUCUCAGUUUAUCAGGAGAUUCAAGAGUUCAUGAAAUCAGAGAACAGAUCAGAGCAGAGACUCUCAGAAAUCCAGUGCUCAGGUCUGGCCUACUUGCUGCAAAUGUCAGAGGAAGUUCUUGAUGAAAUGGACCUCAAGAAAUACAACACAACAAAGGAGGGACGAUGGAGACUCUUUCCUGUUGUGAGGAACUGCAGAAAAUUCCGAGUUGUUCAGUGUGAACUCKCAAAGCCUCACUGUGAAGUCGUGGCUUCRGCUCUGAAAUCCAACCCAUCCCAUCUGAGAGGUCUGGAYCUGAGUUGGAACAGAAUARGAGAUUCUGGAGUGGUCCAUCUGCGUGCUGGGCUGGAGAGUCCAAACUGUAGACUGGAGGUCCUGAGACUGAUAAACUGCAGGCUGUCGGAGAUGAGCUGGGUUUCACUGAUCUCUGCUCUGAAAUCCAACCCUUCAUAUCUAAUUGAACUGGAUCUGAGUGAGAACAAAGACGUGGCAGAUGCUGCAGUGGAAGAGCUCUGUGGCCUUCUGACGCAUGCUCACUGCAGACUGAGUACUUUGAGAUUGAAGAGCUGCAGUUUGUCAGAGAUCAGCUGUUCUUCUCUGGUCUCAGCUCUGAAGUCCGACCAACAUCUGACUGAACUGGACCUGAGUGGAAACAACCUGAGGAACUCAGACGUUCAGCAGCUGGAAGAGUUUGUACAGAGUCCAGACCACACACUGGACACUCUGAGGUUAUGAAAACUUUACCAUGAAGAUACACUGUGACUGGAAGAUACACUGAGGUCAAAGUGUCAAGUUUAAUGUCUCGUGUAAAACUCAGUUUAUUUUUUAUGUCAGUUCAUUUUUGUCUAUUUUUGUGAUAUGUAUUUUCAAGUUAGAAUGGAAGAUAAAUUUAUUGAUAUUUAAACAGGGCAAAUGCAAACUAUGUACAUUUUAAUACAUUCAUGCUACAGAAGACUCAGUUAUUUAACUUUGUUUUAAUAUUUACACAAUAAACUGGAACAGAAAUGAAAA